CUGUCUAAAACCUCUAAUGGGGCUGCUCUAACGCCCCCUAACUUGGUUCAACAUCGUAUCGCAUGCUCUCUCACCGCACUUACUCUAGCCGUCUCUGUAUCCUGCGCCGUCGUCACCAUUUCACAGCCGUCACCACCAUUACUCUCCUCCCCACUGCUAGCUGAAUUCUGAUAUUGCAGCCUUUAAAAGCCCGCUUCUUUAGAAGAAGAAGCUAAGUGGGACAAAUGAAUAGGCUUAGAGUUCCUUUACUUGGUGGUUCUUCUAGCAAAAUGUAAAGUAUCGAUCUUUCUCUGGGCUGCGCUAAAGGAUUUGAACAUUCAAUGAUUAAAACUCCUGCCGUGAAGGCAAUAAAGAAGAAAGUAGAGAGAGAUAUUUACGGAGCUGGAAGUAUUGGCCUUUUCACUGAAUUGGACAGGGAGAGUUUGGCAAGAAGACCGAAACCUGGAUUGGAAGAACACAGUGGUCUAGAAAAAUUAACAGAAGAGACCCUGGACAAACAAUGUUCAACAUCAAUCAAAGAAAUGCAUCCGAGUACCUCCCAGACAGAACUCAAUCCUGUCACUCCGACUUCGACGUUUUUACACCAACUGACACGUCAUUCACAGCAAAGGAACCUCAAGGCUGGACGCGCAGUUCAUGCACAGAUCAUCAGAGCUGGAGCAUCGACAUGCACCAAACAUGCCAACGGCCUGGUUAAUCUCUACGCUAAAUGCGGACACUUACCCAAAGCCCACUCCAUCUUCAGCUCCAUUAUAAGCAAGGAUGUCGUAUCCUGGAACAGUCUCAUCACUGGAUACUCCCAGCACGGCGGUCUCUCCAGCUCCCGCACCGUUAUGCAGCUCUUCCAGGAGAUGAGAUCUCAAGAUGUGCUGCCAAACGCUUACACCCUCGCUGGAAUUUUUAAAGCUGAAUCGAGUCUUGGAAGUUGUACAGUUGGGAGGCAGGCUCACGCGCUUGUGGUCAAAAUGUCAAGCUUUGGGGAUAUAUACGUUGACACUUCGAUGUUGGGCAUGUACUGUAAAGCGGGCUUCGUUGAGGACGGACUCAAAGUCUUCGCCUUUAUGCCUGAAAGGAACACCUAUACGUGGUCCACCAUGGUUUCUGGUUUUGCAACAAGAGGACGCGUUGACGAGGCCAUUAAAGUCUUCAAUCUGUUUCUUAGAGAGAAGGACGAAGAAAGUGAUAGCGACUAUGUCUUCACCGCGGUCCUUAGCUCGCUGGCUGCAACCGAAUACGUAGGCCUAGGCAGGCAAAUCCAUUCCCUCACGGUUAAAAAUGGUUUGCUCGUGUUUGUAGCUUUGAGUAACGCGCUAGUUACCAUGUAUUCAAAGUGCGAGAGCUUGAACGAAGCAUGCAAGAUGUUUGACUCUUCUGAUGAUAGAAACUCGAUUACAUGGUCAGCAAUGGUCACUGGUUAUUCUCAGAAUGGGGAAUCACUCGAAGCAGUGAAGCUUUUCUCGAGAAUGUUCUCUGCUGGAAUCAAGCCUAGCGAAUACACGAUCGUUGGGGUUCUCAAUGCGUGCAGUGACAUUUGCUAUGUAGAAGAAGGGAAACAGCUUCAUUCCUUUUUGUUAAAGUUGGGAUUUGAGAAUCAUUUGUUUGCGACUACAGCUUUGGUUGACAUGUACGCGAAAGCUGGUUGUUUAGAAGAUGCUAGGAAAGGGUUUAACUGUCUACAAGAACGUGAUGUCGCUCUUUGGACGUCGAUCAUUAGCGGGUAUGUCCAAAACUCAGAUAACGAAGAGGCUAUGAUUCUGUACUGCGGGAUGAAAAGUGAAGGUAUUAUCCCAAAUGAACCAACCAUGGCAAGUGUUUUAAAAGCUUGCUCCUCUCUAGCUACCUUGGAGCUGGGGAAGCAAGUACACGGUCACACAAUCAAGCACGGGUUCAGCUUGGAAGUUCCAAUUGGUAGCGCGCUUUCUACAAUGUACUCAAAGUGCGGGAGUUUAGAAGAUGGGAGCCUCGUCUUUCAAAGAACUCCUUACAAAGACGUUGUCUCUUGGAACGCGAUGAUCUCAGGCCUUUCCCAUAACGGACGUGGAGAUGAAGCCUUAGAGCUUUUCGAGGAGAUGUUAGCGGUAGGAACAGAGCCGGAUGAUGUCACGUUCGUGAACGUUAUAUCAGCGUGUAGCCAUAAAGGGUUUGUGGAGAGAGGCUGGUCUUAUUUCAAUAAUAUGUCCGAUCAGUUUGGGAUUGUUCCAAAGGUGGACCACUACGCGUGUAUGGUUGAUCUGCUGAGCCGCGCAGGACAGCUCAAAGAGGCGAAAGAGUUCAUCGAAUCAGCUGGUAUCGAUCACGGUCUAUGCCUUUGGCGGAUACUGCUAAGCGCGUGUAAGAACCAUGGGAGCUGUGAGCUAGGAGCUUACGCAGGGGAGAAGCUAAUUGCUCUUGGAUCGAGGGAGUCGUCAACUUAUGUGCUGUUGGCAAGCAUUUACACGGUUUUAGGGAGGAUGAGAGAUGUGGAACGAGUUUGGGGACUCAUGAGAGCGAACGGGGUGAGCAAAGACGUGGGUUGUAGUUGGAUCACUUUGGAGAAGCAGUGCCAUACAUUUGUUGUGGGAGACACAAUGCAUUAUAGGAUUGAAGAGAUAAAGGAUUUGGUUAGAUUGGUGAGUAGACCGAUGAUGGAAGAAGGGUUCACAACUGUGUUGGAUUCUUCUCAUGUCGAAGAAGGAACACAAUUAGUUUUGUCAUGAUUUUAUCCGUCUAUUAUAUAUCGAGUAGAGAUAUAAAUUUUGUUGUAUUCUUUUAUAUUUAUAGGUUUUUAGUUCAAGUGUGUAACCUUUUUGUAUGAAAUUAUAUAACAUAUAGUUAUAUCAACCUAUCAAAUGUGAUUGAAUUUGAUUAGUA